AAAUUUGAUAGGCUAAUUACACCUUCCUUCUUCGAAAGGACAUAAACAUAUUUUGGUGGUGUUGAUUAUUUCUUAGAGUGGGUUGAAGCUAUACCUGUGAAAAAGCAAUAGAACAGAUCCCAAACAGCCCCUGAAUACCCUUAACAUGUCAUUGUCAUUAUUGUGGUUCUUCCCCUUUGAAACAGAAUCGUAGCUAGAUAUCCCUAAAAGCAUGUUUUUAAUUUGAUUUUUCUCUUGCUUGCACUUGUCCAAUUUGUUUUUCUCAUCAUUUGGCAGUGUCAUCAGUUCUUUCUCCUUAUCCCUAUAUAAAGGUAUAAAGCCUUAACAACUGUGCCUGUCAUACACUGCUCAACAUUGCUUAAAACUCUUCGAAGAAAAUGAGUGUUCUUCACAGCCUCACAGGCUUGAUUCUCAUCUUCAUCACCUUCAACCCUUCUAAUGCAAAACAAGCACAACCCAUUUCAAAUAUCCUAAGAAUUGACAACUUUUUUGACAAAAUACAUGAAUGGAGAAAUUGUUCACAAGGUUUCCAAGAAAACCAAAUGCAUAUCUCAGGCUCUAUGGUGCUUGCGGGAGUCUUCUGUUUCAUAGCUUCCUCUAUAUCUAGUGCUGGUGGAAUUGGUGGUGGUGGGCUUUUUAUACCUAUACUAGCUAUUGUGGCUGGCCUAGACCUCAAAACAGCUUCAAGCUUUUCUGCUUUCAUGGUCACAGGAGGGUCACUUGCAAAUGUUCUGUGCAAUCUGUGUAACACAAGUUCUAAAUUUGGUGGAGGUUCAUUGAUUGACUAUGACAUAGCACUUUUAUCAGAACCAUGUAUGUUGCUAGGAGUGAGUAUUGGAGUUAUAUGCAACCUUGUGUUCCCAGAAUGGUUGAUUACUGUUCUGUUUGCUCUUUUUCUUACUUGGUCCACCUCAAAGACUUGCAGCAGAGGAUUCCAUUUUUGGAAGAGUGAAUCAGAAGAGAUAAGGUACAAUGGAAGUGAGGAAGUUGAAAAUGGGCUAGCAGAAAAUGGGACUGAAAAAGAAGGGUCGAAUAGUAUUGAAGAACAGCUUCUGAGUCCUGAAGGAACUAUCAAGUUGAGGAUACCAAGGUUGAAAUUGGCAAUCUUACUCUUGAUCUGGUUCUCUUUCUUCUCUCUUUAUCUUCUUCGUGGCAACAAAAAUGGAAAGAGUAUCAUUCCAAUGAAGCAAUGUGGUGUGGGAUACUGGAUUCUCUCAUUAGUUCAAGUCCCUCUUGCUUUAGUGUUCACUGCUUGGAUUUUCUUUAGAAAAGAAAGCAAUCAAGACCAAAAUCUUAUGCAAGAGGACCCAUACUUGUCCACAAAUGGACCAUCAAGUAAGCUCAUUUUUCCAGGGAUGGCAUUACUGGCAGGGAUAUUGGGUGGUAUCUUUGGUAUUGGAGGCGGAAUGCUGAUUAGUCCACUUCUUCUUCAAGUUGGAAUAGCUCCUCAGGUGACAGCAGCAACAUGUUCUUUCAUGGUUUUCUUUUCUUCAACCAUGUCAGCCUUCCAAUAUCUAUUGUUGGGCAUGGAACACAUAGAGAUUGCCCUCAUCUUGGCCUUGAUAUGUUUUGUUGCAUCACUUGUUGGUUUACUGGUGGUGCAGAGAGCAGUUACAAACUAUGGAAGGCCAUCCUUGAUAGUGUUUCUGAUUGGCACAGUGAUGAGUUUGAGCAUUGUUCUGAUGACCAGCUUUGGAACCAUUGAAAUUUGGAGAGACUACACAUCAGGGAGAUACAUGGGGUUCAAACAACCCUGUUGACAAACAAUUUUGUGCUUAGAAAAUAUCAGGGUACAUAGUCAUGAUCGGCUAAAACACUGGACCAAUUUUUAGAGAAUUUACCCAAGCAUGUUUGGCUGUUAUGAUAUUUUCAAAUACUUGUCAUGUGCAAAUAAAUUUAAUAAUUUUAGGAAAA